CACCACCACAGUGGCCGCUGACCUCCGUCCCUGACUGCCUUUCCUCCCCUAGUCCUGCUCCCCGCCCGCUUGCCCACUCCGGCCCCGUGCGACAAUGGCUGAGGUAGACCCGUUUGGCGCGGCCGCCGCCCCGGCCUCUGCCCCUGGGGGUCCCGCAGUGGGUAACGGGGUGGCGAGCGGCGGUAGCAGCGAGGAAGAUCCGGCCGCGGCCUUCCUGGCCCAGCAGGAGAGCGAGAUCGCGGGCAUUGAAAACGACGAGGGCUUCAGCAUCUUAGACACCGGCAGCGUGCCCGCCUCCCUGCAAGGGGAGCCUCCCGGUGGCCCGGAUGCUAUUGAUGGAGUGAUGAAUGGAGAAUACUACCAGGAGAGCAAUGGUCCAACUGAUAGUUAUGCAGCUAUUUCACAAGUGGAUCGAUUACAGUCAGAACCAGAGAGUAUCCGUAAAUGGAGAGAAGAACAAAUGGAACGUCUGGAAGUCCUUGAUGCUAAUUCUCGGAAGCAGGAAGCAGAAUGGAAAGAAAAAGCAAUAAAAGAGUUGGAAGAAUGGUAUGCAAGGCAAGAUGAACAGCUACAAAAAACAAAAGUAAAUAACAGGGUGGCAGAUGAAGCUUUCUACAAACAACCCUUCGCUGACGUGAUUGGUUAUGUCACAAACAUAAAUCAUCCUUGCUACAGCCUAGAACAGGCAGCUGAAGAAGCUUUUGUAAAUGAUGUCGAAGAGACUUCUCCUGGCACUGAGUGGGAACGCGUGGCUCGGCUGUGUGACUUUAACCCCAAGUCUAGCAAGCAGGCCAAGGAUGUGUCCCGCAUGCGCUCAGUCCUCAUCUCCCUCAAACAGGCCCCCCUGGUUCACUGAAGGGAAGCCCAAUGGAAACACUACGAUUGCAAUAUCUUAAUCUUACUCAGCGAAGCUGUUCACAGUCAUUGGAUUAAUUAUGUUGGGUUCUUUUGGACCAAACCUCUUGUCUUUAGAGUUGAUCAUUGUUUGUGAUUGCAUGUUUUCUUCAACUGUUUUCUCCCUGGCAUUCCAAGUGGGAGGGAAGUGAGAACCUCCAGAACAAUAGCCUCUUGUGCUUUUGUGCAUUGUCAUUUUCAACUGUACUGAUAAUAAAAUUCUCUUUCAAAUAGUAUA